AUGUCGAAGCCAUGGGGUGGAAUCGGGGCAUGGGCCGAUGAGGCGGAGCGUGCGGAUGAGGAGCAAGCAACGGCGGAUGCGCAGAGCUUCCCAAGCUUGAAGGAGGCUGUGACAACCACCAAGUCUAAGAAGAAAAAGAAGAUGACUUUAUCGGAGUUCACCAAGGGUCCUGCUUCUGGUGGUGGUGGAGGAUUGACGAGGGAGCAGAUGAUUCAGCUUCCUACUGGUCCAAGGCAACGCUCUGAGGACGAAAUGCAGCGUGGUGGAAUCGGUGGCGGCUUCUCUUCUUACGGUGGGAGGUCGGGUCCUGGAGGUGGGUUGAGAGAUCGAGAUGAUUCUAAUGGUGGUGGGAGGAGAGGUUAUGGUGGGUUUGAUGAUGAUCAGAGAGGAGGUUCUAGGGUUUCUGAUUUCCCUCAGCUGUCUAGGGCUGAUGAGGUUGAUGAUUGGGGGAAAGGGAAGAAGUCUCUCCCUGUAUAUGGAGGUAGUGGUGGUGGUAGUUAUGGAGGUGAUGGUGGUGGUGGUGGUGGUGGUGGUGGAGGAGGCAGUUAUGGAGGUGGAAUAUCCAAAGCUGAUGAGGAUGGUAACUGGGGAGCAGGUAAAAGCCAAGCGUCAUUUGCAAAAUCAUCUACAUUUGGGUCAGGUCACCGUGAUUCUGGAGUUUCUUCCGGUGGUGUUCAGGAGGAGCGUCGUCGUCUUGUUCUUGAGCCACGUAAGGUUGUUGUUGAAGCUGAAACUGAAACUGGUGUGAAGACGAGUAAGGCGAGUCCAUUUGGAGCAGCAAGGCCGAGAGAGCAAGUUCUUGCGGAGAAAGGAUUGGACUGGAAGAAAAUUGACUCGGAGAUUGAGGCUAAGAAGGGGAGUUCUCAAACGAGCAGACCAUCGAGCGAACAGUCGAGUAGGCCAUCAAGUGCUCAGUCCAAUAGGUCUGAGAGCUUAGCGUUGGAGAAUGUGGUGAAGCCUAAACCAAAGGUGAAUCCUUUUGGUGAUGCAAAACCUAGGGAAGUGUUGUUGGAGGAACAAGGAAAAGAUUGGCGUAAGAUGGAUUCUGAACUCGAGCAUCGCAGGGUUGACAGGCCUGAAACAGAAGGAGAGAGACUAUUGAAGGAAGAGAUCGAAGAACUACGGAAGAAACUUGAGAAGGAAGCAACCAUCACAGCUGAUAGCAAGGAAUCUCAGCAAGAAUCCAACAGUAAUGUACCUGAUCUGAUAAGCGAGAAAGAAAAAGAGCUGGACUCACUGAUCCGUGAGCUGGACGACAAAAUCAGGUUCAGGCCAAGAGCAGCUGAGAGGCCUGGAUCUGGUGCAGGCAGAACAGGUAACUACUCUGAACGACCACAUUCUCGGGGUGGAUCGAUUGACGAUGCUAGGAGUGUGGAAUCAAUGGAAAGACCUAGAUCACGAGGCACAGGUGAUUAUAGGUCAAGACCAGUAGAUGAUAGAAGAAACUUCCAAGGAAGCAAGGAACGUGGAUUCUUCAGCAACAGGAACGUUGACAGGUCAUCAUCGUCCAGAGAUGGAUGGUAAAAAGAAGGAAACGAAGAAUGAAUGUGUGGAAUGAGAUUUUGGAGUUUGGUUCCCAGAUUUUGAAGAAGCUUCAAUAAUAAUAAUAACUAAUAAUGAAAGAAAAAUUCAUCUCCUUUGAAUUGAAACCUAAUUUUUUGGGGACUAGUUUAUGUUUUUGUGUUGAUUCAUCGAAGCCUAAUGGUUUCUUCUUCCUUUUUAAUUGUACUUGUUUUGUCUUUUGCUCGUUUAUCCACAUGAUUUUGUGACAAUUAUUGUGUCUUAAGAAUUUUUGGAGACAGGCUUCUGUUCUCAGUUCAAUGCUGCUUCAGUUGUGAUUGACGUUUGUACCUUUCUAUGUUGGUUGACUUGGGAUUUAACUCUUUUUGGUAAAAAAACU